GUUCUUUUUUAGAAGUGUAGUUUAGUUACCCAGUAAUCGGUUUGAAUUGUCAACAUAGAUAUACAGGAUACUGAAAAAAUGACCCUAAGUCACAAUAUUGUCAAAAUGUUGGAAUAUUGUACAGGCGGAACUCUUCAAGAUUCAAAUAUAUACCCACCAUGGAUUUGCUUUAUGUGCAUUAAGCAGUUAGAGAUUUGCUUUCGUUUUCUAAAACGAUAUGAUCUAGCCCAAAAGGAGUUCGAAGCCAGUCACAAUCAAUUUCAGGAAGAAUCUUCCGACUUCCAAUCAGCGUUAUUAGAUGAAGAUGGUAAAGUGGAGAAAAGAAUUUGCCAUGCCAAUCUCAGCACCAAUGCAGAAUUUAGUGAAACGAGUAUAAGUUCCAAACAAAAUACCUUGGAGCCAUCAGCAGUUCAAGCACCAAUAAGUGAAUAUUCAUCUAGCGAAGGAACAACUUUCGGGUAUAGAGAUUCAUCACAGGAGCCAGGUGUAAGUCUAGAAGGCGCUCGGAAUUCCUAUGGAGAUGUGGUAUGCUCUAUUUGUAAUAAGACCUUUCUUACCGGCAAAGGUUUAAAUUUACACCUUAAAUUAUAUCACAAACAAAAAAACAUUAGUUUGGGACAAUAAAUCAAUAAGAUAAAUCUGUUUUAUGUUG